AACUGCCAUCUUGGGCAAAAUGGCCAACAUACUGGCCAACAUUGUGGCGAGGAGCACCCUCCUCAGUGCUCUGGAGGAGAAGAGGCGCCAACAGAUGAAGGUGUGAGGGGAAAUUUGGGUGGCGGUGGAAGGUUCUCCUCAACACAAGGCCAUGCUUCCACCUCAACGCCUCUGCACAGGGUCUCCUCAACGUUCCUCCAUUCUUGCUGUUCUCCCACAACUGCAGACCAGCUCCUCAUCCUUUUCCAUAUCAUGGCUUCUCAAGUUGCCUCACUCUGCCCUCUACACAUGUAGUGUAGGCUUCGCCCUGCCAUUCUGAACCUCUUCAUAGUCCCAAAGGGUAGCCAUGUGUCCUAGGCCUGAGCUUUAUUGGCUUCUUUGAAUAAAGUAUGAACUUCACUGACACAGGCUAUUUUAUUUACUAACCUACUUCUGGCUCCAGCUCUCAACAGCGUAAGAUUCAAUCGCCAUUCCUGUAAAAUGGGCCCAAGACGCAGGCAAAUAGCUACUAACAGAACCUUUUGUGUUCUCCUUCCCUCCUACCCCAGAAAUUCCUGCUCCACCGGCUGUUCUUUGUCGCGCUGUUGCAAGAAAAUGCGGAGAGUGCAGACGUCACAGGUAUGGGAGCUACCCUCUCACGCGGACUUUCGGGAGGCAAGGCAUUGGCUGUGAGCCUCUUCCAGUGCUGGAAAAACAGCCUCAGAGAUGAACUGGGCUGCAGAACUUCCACAGGGCUUUUCUGUGGCAGGAGUGGGGAAUCCUUUUCAGCAUGAGGGCUGCAUUCCCUUAUGGCAACCUUUCAAAGGCCACAUACCAGGGCUGGCAGGGCCAGAGGCAGAGGUGGGUGAGGCAGCCCUCUUGGUAGUUCCUCUGCCCUCAGAGGCUCAUGGGGUGGGGGGGCGCUUUGAGGCUGGGACAGGGCCUUCUCUUAGGUGGCCCCUGAGCUGUGGAGCUCCCUCAUCACAGCGGUGUGCCUGGCUCCUUAUCUGGAGGAUGAAGAAGAUGCAUCCUCUUUACCCCAGCCUUUUGACACUUGAGGCGUAUAUUUUUUGGACCCACCUUAUUUAUAUGAUUGUAAGUGUGUGAAAACUCUUUUUGUUGUUGUGUUUUAAUGCUGCAAUCUAGCCUGGGACCUUAGGGUGAAUGGCAGGUAAAUGACAACAACAACUACUACUACUACUACUACUACUAACAAUAAUAAAUAAUAAACAUUAGCUUUGUACAGCAGGCCAGUCUCUAUACACAGUCUCACAUGCACCCAGUGUUUUUUUCCUGGCAGUACCAGCAUCUCUCUUUCUAGAAGAAAAACACUGCACACUUCUCUCUCUCUCAUUCAUAAGAGGCAUUAUGGAAGUUCAGAUACACUUUCUAGCCAGGCAAAAAUACUCAUGGAGGGUGAGAGGCAGGGCCAGGGAGUGGGAAAGGAUAUGAUGUGGGAAGAAUGGUGAGGGCCAGAUACCAAAAUCCAGAGGGCCACAUCUAGUUGGUUCAUGCACAGUCUUCGAAGCGGUGUGGCUCCAUGGGUAUGGCCAUGACCUGUUUGGGUCCAUUACGCUUGGGCAAUGGUUUUUCCAGUGGAUCUCUCAGUUGGUCUCCUUUUACUCCCUCCUCUUCAUAAGCAUACCAUGAGCAACUUUUCCAGAGGAUUUCCAAGAUCCACCUAGGGGAGUCCCCCUCAGGCAUCCUCCUCAUCUACUCUCACUGUCUUCUGCACAUUUUAGAGGUGAGUCAGAUCUACCAGGUUCAAGCCAAGAGAUCCCUCUUUCUAUAAUAGUGCAGGUUAAUCACAAAUCCCAGAGAAAUCCCACAUGCAACUGAACGUCUGCACAUAUUUCCUUGUAACAAGGACUCGCUUUGUUCAAUGGGAUUUACAUUCAGGUAAGUGGCCACCGGGGGACAUGGGUGGCGCUGUGGGUUAAGAGCCUAGGACUUGCCAGUCAGAAGGUCAGCAGUUCGAAUCCCUGCAACAGGGUGAGCUCCCGUUGCUCAGUCCCUGCUCCUGCCAACCUAGCAGUUCGAAAGCACGUCAAAGUGCAAGUAGAUAAACAGGUACUGCUCUGGCACCGUCGUAUCUGUGUGCUGCUCUGGUUUGCCAGAAAUGGCUUAGUCAUGCUGGCCUCAUGACCCGGAAGCUGUACGCCGGCUCCCUCGGCCAAUAAAGCGAGAUGAGCGCCGCAACCCCAGAGUCGGCCACGACUGGACCUAAUGGUCAGGGGUCCCUUUACCUUUACCUUUACCUUUAAGUGGCCACCGGAGGGCAGAUGGGUUCUGCAAAAGGCUGCUUUGCAUUUUGGAAGCAAUUUAUUGAUCGUUCCCUCUGACUGAUUUGCACCAAGUUUGUGGGCAGUUUUAGACAACAUUGUCUGCUUAUUGUGCAUUCAUUCUGAUUUGUUUGUGAGGAAGUUAGAUGUGGUUGCAUCAAGUAAUUAUAAUCCCAAACUUCCCAGUGCCUUUCAAUUUCCUUACUGAAAACUCUCCAGUCUUUGGGAAAAGUGGCUUUAUUUUGCAAGUACCUGACCACCUUCAACUGUGAAAGCUGAGUUUGUUGAUAGGUAGUUGAAUCCCACCUGAAAACAGGGAGUCUGGAAAUUCCCGGAGCUGAGUAUUUGACUUAAAAACAUCCAUCAAACCCAAAAUUUAGAAACAAUGUCAAAACUCACAUUUUGCCUCUUGUGCUAAUCUAUUCCUGUCCUCAGUAACAGAGGAUAUCAGACCGCAGAGUGAUUUGAGCAUUUAUGCCUCCCCCACUCCCUGCUCCCUUUGAAAAUCCAGAUUCUUUCAUAUGAAUCUGCCCAGGCUCCGAGAUCUUCAGGGAAGGCCCUUCUCUCCAUCCUACCACCCUCACAGACAAGCUUAGUGGGGACACAUGAGAGGGCCUUUUUGGUGGCUGCUCCCAGACUUUGGAAUUCCCUUCCUAGGGAAGCCAGACUGGCUCCCUCCUUGCUGUUCUACCACUGGCAGGUGAAAACCUUUCUAUUCCAACAAUCCUUUAGGGAGCUGGUGAUGUAAUGUUUUUACUGUUGUUAUUCACAUUUUUAAUAGAUUUGGGUUUCUUUAUAUUGUUUCAUUUGUAUUACUGUUCAAUUAAUUACUUUUUAAUGAUGGUCUUUUCUAUGCAAUUAGCUUUUCUAUUUUAUCUGUGUUUUGCAUUUUUAUCUGCAAGCUGUCUUGAGUCCUUGUCUGGGAAAAAAGAAAUAGUAGUAGUAGUAAUAAUAAUAAUAAUAAUAAUAAUAAUAAUAAUAAUUUGUAGGCAUCCAGUGGCACACUCUACCAUAUCCUUAUGGACUUGGCAGCUGUUGAAAAUCAAGACUCAAAGUAAGUGAUUGGAAACUUGUUCAGGGGAGACUGAUGGGGGCUGGUCCAUUAGGGUGAACGGAGCACAGACCCACCAACCUCAUUCUUCCUUCAUAGAAGCAUAGAAUUGUAGAGUUGGAGAAGGGACCCAAGGGUCAUUUAGUCCAACCCCCUGGAGUGCAGCCCCCACUCGCCUGCUAUUCUCUUACUUACAGUCUCAGAGGACGGCCCUGCCCAUCAACUUCCUUCUUCUUAGUGCACAGGCAGAAAAUUGCUUGCAAAGAUGUCUAUAUUUUCCAAAGCUGCAUGCAAAAAUGUGCUUACUAGGAGAAAUUCGCACCCAAACCCAGGAAACGUGGGGAACUGAAUUUAAGAUUGGAUUGGAAGAAUGAGAAAGGGAGAGAAACGAAAAGCUGACGGAUCUGUCCAUCCAUCACUACCCCUACCCCCAGUGCUUUAAUACAGGACGUUAAGAUAUUAGCAAUGUCUCACAACAUCCCGACCAGACUCUUCAACCAGUGGUAUGCCACAGCAGUGGAAGUCCCAGUAACUCUCGAAGAUGUUACCCAGACCCAGACGACAGAAGAAGUGAUCACAGAAUGCCUUACCCUCAACCUGAAACUGGGAGUUUAUCUUGCGACUCUCAAGGUAAGGACGUAUUUGCGUAUGAAGAGUCUGCUGGACCAGGCCAAUGGUCCGUCUAGUCUAAGGUUACCAGACGUCCCCGUUUCCUGGGGACAGUCCCCGAAUUUACAAAUCAGUUCCCAUACAAAAUCUAUUGAAGUUGAAAAGUGUCCCCGGAGUCAUUGAAAAAAAUCUGGUAACCUUAGUCUAGUCUAGCAUCCUGUUCUUGCAGCGGCUGAACGGUUCCUUGUGGAAGCCAGCAAGCAGGACCCAGGCACAAGAGCGCUCUCCUCUCCUGUGGUUUCCAGCAGCUGAUAUUCAGAAGCAUUACUGCAUCUGACCAUGGUGGGAGAGCACAGCCAUUGUGGCUAGUAGCCAUCGAUGGCUCUCUCCCCCAUGCAUGUGUCUAAUCCUCUCUUAAAACUAUCCAAGUGUGUGGCCACCUCUGUCUCAUGUGGCACUGAGUCCCUGUUUAAUUAGAUGCUCUGUGUGUGCAAGAAAUUAAUGUUAUCCAUCCUGAGUCUUCAAACACUCAGCUUCACUGGAUGUCUAUGAGUUCUAGGUAAGGUGAGUGUGUUGAACCUCAUCAUAUUAUCUGCAUCUUGUUGGCCCCGAUUGCCCCAAAGCUAUCAGAGUUGAUUCCCCAUAUCCUAUGCUUGCAUGCCAGGAAAACAAAGCUAUUCAUUCCAACUGGUGCCUUUCUUCGUCUUUGAGCACAUGUGUGACUUGUGGGCUUUCAUUUGGGGUUUCUUGCUGUGAGAACAGGAUGCUGACCCAGCAGCCAGGCUCUUCUGAUGUUCCAAGGAUCAUAGAAUUGGAAGGCACUGCGAGGGUCAUCUAGUCCAACCCUCUGCAAUACAUGAAUCUUUUGGCCAACAUGCAGUUCAAACCCACAACCCUAAGAUUAAGAGUCUCAGACAUCCGUUUUGGAAGGCAUUUUUUUGGGGGGGGGAGUUUUAGCAUGAUCUGCUUCAGUUAGCUUGCUUUUAUUUCUUUUCCUUGAUCUGUUAUGGUAUUUUUAAUGUAUACUUUUUAUUUUGCACAUAACAAUAUGUAUCAAGAGAAUAAUAACUAAGAAAGCUAAUACUGAUCUCUUGCUUUAAAUCCCACUGUUUUUAAGUUCUUGCUUUCUCGUUAGGUUGCUUAUGUUACGUGAUUAAAAACAAACCAACCAACCCUUAAUAAGCUGACUUGGGAACAUUUGUUAAGGAAGAAAAGGUGAGCCAAGUAUUUCCAGUUGCAGAAGGAAAACUAAUCACUGCAAUACUCUUUAUUGGCAAUGUGCUUCCUCCCCGUGGACAUCAAAGGUGGGCAAUAAAGGCCUCAGCGAUUGUCUCCACACGGUCGUGCCGGAACUUCUGAUGCCAGCAGAAACCAUCCAGUAUUUGUGCAAGGCUAAGGAGUGCCUCAGUCCAGAGGAGUUUCUGAAGAUAUACAACAAUCCUUUGCAGCCUAAAAUGGAUUCGGGUAUGCUGCCUUCCGCCACCCUUCCCGCCGAUAGGCACCAUUCUCCAGUAUGUGAGAAUCAUGGGCGGGUGGGGGGUACAAAAUGAAAAUCCUGGAGAAAAGGAGCAACCAUGUUUGUUAGGUCAGGGGUGGGGAACCUUUAUUUAUUUGAUUUAUAUCCUACCAGGAGUGGGGCACCUUGACUGAUUGAUUGUAUUUACAUUCCCCAAGGAACUCAACAACCCUGUGAGGUAGGUUAGGCUGAGAGGCAGCGACUGGCCCAAAGUCACCUAGUGAGCUUCAUGGCCGAGUCUCCAACACUCUAACCACUAGACCACACUGCCUUUUUCAGGUGAAGGGCUGCAUGCCAGUGUUGGAUGGGGGCAGAAGCAAAGGUGGGCAGAGCAGUGGAUGAGACUACUUUUUUACGCAGGCUACAAUUUAGCCAUGCGUAUAUCAUGCACCUGCCCAGAGGGGCUCUUCUAGCUCGUUAAAGGAAGUUGAAGUGCAACUCUGGAGGGAUGUCCAAUUUACUAUUCUCUUACCUUCACACCUGCUUGUUGUCCCCCAUCAUGGAUUCCAUGGUAGCAGACUGGUGGUUCCCAGAGGUCUCCCUUCUGGGCAGUGACCAGACCUAAACCUGCUUAACCUCAGCAAAUGGGUGGGUCUCCUGCGCCUGGAGACCCUGGAACCACCAAACUAGUGGUACCUGCCUUUGAGGGGAAGAUCUGCUCGUCCAUCCUGCAUCUGAGAACAGCAGUGGCUACUUGCCAUGACGGCUACUUUAUGCCAGUGCCAGAUUAAAUCCUGUGGAGGCCCCAUGGCAGUAGAAAUCUUGUCCCCCACCCCGCUCUAAUGGGAUAACACUGAACUAAGAAAACUUGAUUGUAAUUUUCUUUCAAGACCAAAUCAAUAUUUCUUAUUUUGAUUCAUUGUCACGGGGUCCCAAGAGGCAUGGAGCCCACAGGCCAGUGCUGACUCUGCCUAUAUGGUAAUCCGGCGCUGCUUUCUGCCUGCACUGUUGGAGCUUUUUUGCCUCUGAACGCCAGUUGUUGAGAACUACAAGUAGGAAGAGGGUUCUUGAAUUUAGGUCCUGCUUGAAGGUUUCCCACAGGGAUUUGUUGGCCACUGUGAAAACAGGGUGCUGGGCUAGAUGUGCCCCUGGCCUGAUCAAGCUGCCAGGCUCCUCUUACGUUCUUAUUUAUAACAGUUCUAUACUAUUACUGUCCAAAGGCAGGAUAACAUCAGCUCCUGAGAGGGUCUGGUGUAUGGGGAUUUGCAAGGGCUGUUAAUGAUCUGACACUGCCUAUAAUUUCCUCCUUCUUCCUUGCAGAAUGUGUGUGGCCUACUCCUACUCAUAUGAUUUCAUGAAACCUUCCAAACUGCCAGUGUUUUCAUGGGUAGCAAUUCAAGGGUGCUGUUAACUUGCAGAAUUGGCUAGGAAUGCCAACGUCCAUUAAACCUCCUUCCAGCACACAGGGUCAAGGGUCAAGGCAGCAAUAAACGUGUUAGCGAAGCC